AUGGGCUCACCGACUCGCUUUCUGCACGUAUUGCUGCUUCUCGUUGCCGCCACCGCAACGCUGGUAGCUUCAACCCUCACCGUCACCAUCCCCCCUUCGAAUCUGCUCCCCAACCCCAACGCCCUGCCAGCCGGGACACAUGCCACUUUGACCUCUCUCCCCUCGUCCGAACAUCUUAAAGAGGAUGCCGAGUCUGUCGCCCACCCGCUGAGCGCCUCAUUGACGCGCUCCGCCACCUUCGUCUUCCGGUCCCUCCACUCGUCCAAGCCCCAGUCCUACUUGCUCGAUAUUCGGUCCGCUGAAUAUGUGUUUGUCCCCUAUCGCGUCGACAUCUCUGCCGACGGCAUCGUGCUGGGCAUCUGGGAAACGUUCCGCGGAAACCCUUGGGACAAUCGUGGGGCUGAGAAGUUUGUCGUCGAUGCGACGGCCACCGCCUCGGGUGAUGUGACGGUGGAAGCCAAGUUGCUGACAAGGAGGGCUUUCUACGAACAAAGAUCUACCUUCUCCCCUCUGGCCUUGUUCAAGAACCCCAUGAUCCUAAUGGCCUUGGUGGCCUUGGGUUUUACAUUUGGAAUGCCGAAAUUGAUGGAAAACAUGGACCCCGAAAUGCGUGAAGAAUUCGAGAAACAAUCUCGCAGCUCUCCCAUCUCCGGAGCAAAUGCCAUGGCUAGUGGCGGCGGGGUCCCGGGCAAUUUCGACCUGGCUGGAUGGAUGGCCGGCGCAGCUCCCCGAACGGCGGCGGGUGCGGAGACUGCUGCAGCCCCAGGCGCAUCGACUGGCCGAGACGGCGGCGACUCUACCCGCAGGCGCAAAUGA